AUGAGAUGGCAUGCCGAAGGGCGUGUAGACGAUGGCAAGAUGCGUCAUCCAGCAGAUAGUCCUGCGUGGAAGAGUUUCGAUCAUCGGUACCCGACGUUCUCUGAGGAGAUUCGCAACGUACGCCUCGGUCUGGCCACUGACGGUUUCAACCCUUUUGGGAAUAUGAGUGUGAGUUAUAGUAUUUGGCCCGUCGUACUUGUGAUAUAUAACCUACCUCCGUGGCUGUGCAUGAAGCAACCAUCGUUCAUCCUCUCUACGAUUAUAGACGGCCCGCAUGGCCCGGGGGAUCGGAUUGAUGUCUUCCUUCAACCUUUGAUCGAUGAGCUUAAGGAGCUUUGGUAUGAUGGUGUUCGGACGUACGAUGCGAGUACUAAGGAGGAUUUCCAGAUGCGAGCUGCAUUGCUGUGGACUAUUAGUGAUUUUCCCGGUUACGGUAUGUUGUCAGGGUGGCCGACUCGUGGGGCGAAUGCAUGCCCUGUUUGUGGUUUAAAAACUCAUUCCAGAUACCUGAAAAAUGGACAUAAGUAUAGCUAUUGCGGGCAUCGACGGUUCCUGCCGGCUGGGCAUAGAAUGCGCUUUGAUAAACAUGCAUUUGACGGUUCGAUGAGCUUUGACGGAAAGCCUUCUCGCUUGACCGGCGCUGAACUUCUGCAGCAGCUUCAAGAUAUGCCUACUGAGUAUCGUACGGUUGACUUGAUUGAGAAACGCAUUGCACAGGGGUCUCGCAAGCGUCGCCGGGGGGUGGACGGGCAGCAACAGGUGUGGAAAAAAAAGAGCAUAUUCUUUCAGCUCCCUUAUUGGUCUGAGAAUGAGGUACGUCACAACCUCGACUUGAUGCACAUUGAAAAGAAUGUGUGUGAGAAUGUACUGUAUACAUUGUUGGGAACUAAGGGGAAAACAAAGGACAAUCUGAACACGAGGAAAGACUUACAGUUGAUGCAAAUACGUAGUUCUUUACACCCGGUAUCGGGUCCUAGGGGCGCUAUAUAUUUGCCGGCAGCUACGUACACCAUGAGUAACCCCGAAAAACGGAUAUUCCUAUCUGUGUUGAAGGACCUCCGACCACCUCAUGGGUUCAGUUCAAACUUAUCGCAUCGUGUGAAGGUAGAACAACAACUAAUAUGGGGACUUAAGAGCCACGAUUGCCAUGUUCUUAUGCAACGAAUUCUACCUAUUGCUGCCCGACGGUGUCUUCCCAAAAAUGUUGUGCUCGUGUUGAUUGAACUUUGUAACUUCUUCAAUUCGAUGUGCUCAGCUCAUAACACAGUUCGUGAACUGGAGCGAAUCCAAGAAAGAAUUUCUUUGACGCUAUGCCAUCUUGAAAAGCUAUUCCCACCUUCAUUCUUUGAUGUAAUGGAGCAUCUGCCUAUCCAUUUGGCUGAGGAGGCUAUGGUGGCCGGUCCGGUGCAGUACCGGUGGAUGUAUCCCAUUGAGCGGUACUUGGGUACUCUGAAGAGGUACGUACGGAACAGGGCACAACCUGAGGGUUCGAUUGCACGUGGAUACCUCAUGGAAGAAUGCGUGACUUUCUGCUCAAGAUAUCUCGGAGACAUAGAGACCAAAGAGAACCGGGCUGCUCGAGGGGAGGAGGACGGGACACAACACGGGAAAGGAUUGUUUGGUUCUAGGUUCAAUCUUGAUUACAAUACGAUGCACCAAAUUCAUUGCUACAUCCUAGGAAAUAUAGAUGAAAUCAGUCCGUUGCGAAGGUUUUUUCACAUCAAUUUAACAAUACUUGUAUGCGUAUCCGACCUGUGUUGA